AUGUCGCAGUUCAGGAAUGACGGUUGUAAUAAAAUUACACCAGAUGUAACAUUUUGCCGACCAACAAAGAAUGCAGUUAAAGUGAAUUUUGAAAUUGGUCAUGUGCCCACAUUGCGCUCUAAGGAAACGCCCGAAGGAUUCACCCAUGAUUGGGAAAUUUUCGUGCGCGGGCAAGAAGGUGCCGAUAUAAGUCACUUUGUGGAAAAAGUUGUGUUCAACCUUCACAGUUCUUUUCAUAAGCCUAAAAGAGUUGUCAAACAACCACCAUUCUCUCUCAAGGAGUCCGGUUAUGGUGGGUUCGUAAUUCCCAUUGAUAUUUUUCUGAAGAAUAAACAAACACCCAAGAAGAUAUCAUUUAUGUAUGACCUGACUCUGGACAAUAGUGGAGUUCUCAAAGACAGAUAUGUAUUCCAAAACCCAAAUAAUGAAUUCAAAAACAAAUUGUUGAAAGGAGGUGGAAUGUAUGUACCUAAUAACUCCUUCUACUUAAACCCAGACCAGGAGAAUAAAUGUAUAGAUAAAAUCAGAGAUAAUAAGCCCCGAACGGUCAGUAAACCUAAAAUGCAAUUGAAUAAUGUUAAAGAACAAAAGGCUCAACAACAGAAGGAGAUAACUCAGAAAAUAUCUAGUUUUGAGGCUUUAUUUGGAACACCUAUCCUAAUAUCUCCUAAAGUCUCCUCAGAUCACGAAAAUGUAGUGAAAAAUGCGGCUAUAGUAGCCGAACCGAGAAAAAAAGAAUGUUCAAAUUCUGAUAAAAAGUUAAAAAAUGAAAAUUACAAAAAAGGUAAAUCGGAAAAAUUAAAGACAAAGGAAGAAAAAGAGAAACCUAAAAUGCAAUUGAAUAAUGUUAAAGAACAAAAGGCUCAACAACAGAAGGAGAUAACUCAGAAAAUAUAUAGUUUUGAGGCUUUAUUUGGAACACCUAUCCUAAUAUCUCCUAAAGUCUCCUCAGAUCACGAAAAUGUAGUGAAAAAUGCGGCUAUAACAAAGGAAGAAAAAGAGAAACCCAAGCCAGUUAAAAAUACGGCCACAUUGAAAAUUGUUAAGAAAAAAUCUUCAAUUUCUGAUAAAACGUCAAGACAUGGCUACAAAGCUAGAUCAGAAAAAAUAAAGGUAAAACAAGAUAAAGAAAAGCCAAAGAAAAAUACGGCUACAGUGGCCAAACUCGAUAAGAAAGAAAUAUCAAAAUCUGACUAUAAAGAUGCCAAACCAGAAAAAAUCAAAAGUCUAAGCGGAAAACGUGGACCAACAAAUGAAAAAUCCAAUAAAAAGAGUAGUGACAGGCCAUCUUCGCCGGAGCCGGCGAAAAAAAGAUGUGUCAGUCCAGUGAGAAAACCGCCCAGCCCCCCUCCAAGCCAACCUCGACCAAGUAGUGCAUCCAGCUUUAAGUUUUCUAAGAAAGAAAACAAAGGAAGUAAAAGGAAAGCUGCAGACGAGGAAGAGGAAAGCAGAAAAAUGGCUAAAAUAGACACAGAUGCUCCACAUAAUACGAAUAGUGGUUCUGAAACCAGUGAGUCAUUUUGCUGUGACUUGGCCGUGUUGGAUCGCUUCACAGUGCUGCAUGGUGUUACCAGUACCCUCUGUGAGGAUGCUGAGCCUGGGAAUCUGACUCCUGAGUACAUGGAGCAGCUGCGAGACCUGCAAGAGCGGAUCAUGACCAUCGAUAAUAAUGAAGAACUUGAACGAGUGGUCAAUUUGAUAGCAGAAACUAAACGGUAUGAAGUUACUUCUGACACAUUAGACGUCGACUUGUGUUUGUUGGAUCGCUCCACAGUGCAACAGCUGUUACUACUAGUUCUAGGCUCUAGUAAAGAAAGAAAAAGUAGUGGUUCUGCAUUUGUAGAGACCAAAGUCCAAGAGAAUGGUGUUUUCAGUAGCCUCGGUGAGAAUGCUGAGCCUGGGGAUAUGUCUCCUGGGUACGUGGGGCAGCUGCGUGAUCUGCAAGAGCAGAUCAUGACCAUUGAUAAUAACGAAGAGCUUGAACAAGUGGUCAAUUUGAUAGCAAAAAGUAUACGGUAUGAAGUUACUACUGACACAUUAGACUUCGACUUGUGUUCGUUGGAUCGCUCCACAGUGCAGCAGAUUAUGCUACUAGUAGGCUCUAGUAAGAAAAGAAAAAGUAGUGGUUCUGCAUUAGUGGAGACCAAUGUCCAAGAAAAUGAUGUUUUCAGUAGCCUCGGUGAGAAUGCUGAACCUGGGGAUCUGUCUCCUGAGUACAUGGAGCAGCUGCGUGACCUGCAAGAACAGAUCAUGAACAUCGAAAAUAAUGAAGAACUUGAACGAGUGGUCAAUUUGAUAGCAGAAACUAGACGGUAUCAAGUUACUACUGACACAUUGAACAUCGACUUGUGUUCAUUGGAUCGCUCCACAGUGCAACAGCUGUUACUACUAAUAAAGUCCAGUUAA